UGGCCCGUGCACUGAGAUUUCUUUCCCAGCCUCAGAACUGAGCCCACACCUGACCAACUCAUACCUUCGACUCAAGGCGUCGCAAACGCUCGAGGUGUCGACCAUUGUUUGAUUGCGAAUCACAUACCCACAUCCAGCGCCAGAGAUUCUACGAAUGAUGGCGUCGGCCGAGGUCGGCAUACCUCGUCGCGAGGGACGACCACAGCGCGAUGGCGGCGACUCGUACCGACCCUCGCCUCCGCGUGCGCGCACGCCCCCCCCGCCCAAGACCGAAGAGGAGAAGCAGGCGAUAGCAAAGGCUGAAUAUGACAAGCUCAUCAACAUGCGCUCCGGCGGCACUUACAUUCCGCCAGCCCGUCUGAGGGCCCUUCAGUCGCAAAUCACGGACAAGACGAGCAAGGAAUAUCAGCGCAUGGCGUGGGAAGCCUUGAAGAAGAGUAUCAACGGUCUGAUAAACAAAGUCAACACGGCAAAUAUCAAGUACAUUGUGCCCGAGCUAUUCGGCGAGAAUCUGAUCCGAGGUCGCGGACUGUUUUGUCGGUCCAUCAUGAAGGCACAGGCUGCGAGUCUGCCGUUCACGCCCAUCUACGCAGCCAUGGCGGCCAUUGUCAACACAAAGCUACCUCAAGUUGGCGAGCUGCUCAUCAAGCGCUUGAUCAUGCAGUUCCGCAAGGGUUUCCGACGAAACGACAAAGCCGUCUGCCUUUCCUCGACGACGUUCAUUGCGCACCUCAUCAAUCAGCAGGUGCAACACGAGAUGCUGGCGGGGCAGAUCCUUCUUCUCCUAUUGAACAAGCCCUCAGACGACAGUGUUGAGAUUGCGGUGGGGUUCUGUCGAGAGGUUGGGCAGUAUCUGGAGGAGAUGCAGCCGUCCAUCUCCAUGGUCGUUUUCGACCAGUUCAGAAAUAUCCUCCACGAAGCCGACAUUCAGCCACGAACGCAGUACAUGAUUGAGGUCUUGUUCCAGGUGCGCAAGGACAAAUUCAAGGAUAACCCAGCCAUCAAGGAGGAGCUGGACCUAGUCGAGGAGGAGGAUCAGAUCACGCAUCGCGUGGACCUGGACGGCGAGCUGGAAGUGCAGGACACACUCAACAUCUUCAAGUUUGAUCCCGAUUACGAGGAAAAUGAAGAGGCGUACAAGAAGCUCAAGGCCGAGAUUCUCGGCGAGGGCAGCGAUUACGACGACGAUGAGGAAGGCGAUGACGAAAGCGACGAAAGUUCCGAGGACGAGGAGGACCAAGAACAGAAGGCCAUGGAGAUUAAGGAUCAGUCGAACGCGGACCUGGUCAACCUCCGCAGGACAAUCUACCUCACUAUCAUGUCGAGCGCUGAUCCCGAGGAGGCGGUGCACAAGCUCAUGAAGAUCAACCUGCCAGCUGGCCAGGAGCCCGAGCUCCCUUCCAUGAUUGUGGAGUGUUGUUCGCAGGAGAAGACAUACACAAAGUUCUUUGGCCUGAUCGGAGAGCGUUUCGCCAAGAUCAACCGGCUCUGGUGCGAUCUAUUCGAGCAGGCCUUUGUCAAGUACUACGAGACCAUCCACCGUUAUGAGAACAACAAGCUGCGGAACAUUGCCAUGCUCUUUGGUCACAUGUUUGGGGUCGACGCGCUAGGCUGGCACGCCAUGUCGGCCAUCCACAUGAACGAGGAUGAGACAACGUCCAGCAGCCGCAUCUUCGUCAAGAUCCUGUUUCAGCACAUUGUCGAGGAACUCGGCAUGCCGAAGCUCAAAGAGAGGAUGAACGACCCGACACUGCGGCCUCUGCUCGAGGGCCUGUUCCCACGCGACAACCCCCGCAACAUACGGUUCUCCAUCAACUACUUUACCAGCAUCGGUAUGGGAGCCCUCACAGAAGAGAUGCGUGAGCAUCUGCAGAACAUGCCGAAGCCGGCGCUUCCCGCUCCUCCCGCCGACCAUUCAGAUUCCGAGUCUGUGUCGAGCUAUUCUUCAUACACUGGGUCGUCAUACUCGCGCUCGAGAUCACGCUCACGUACGCCGCGUCGGGCCAUUGAUCGUGGACGAUCCUACUCGAGGUCGGCCUCGCCUCGCGGGCGACGUAGGAGUCGUUCAGGUUCAUCAUACUCGGGGUCCCGCUCGCUGAGCCGGUCACGUUCGCUCUCCCGUUCUCGCUCCCCAGUCUCACGAAGAAGCGACAGCCGCGACAGGUCAUAUUCGCGGUCACCUCCCCCUCGAAACCAACGACGCCCGCGGUCGUACAGAGGCUCCUCUUCACCGCCGCGCGACAGGCCUGCUGCCCGAGGGCGGUCUCUCUCGCGGUCGCCGACGCCGCCCCGUGAUCGCAGGAGAAAGCGAUCGACUUUGUCGCGAUCGUACUCGCGCUCACGCUCAGGAUCGAGGUCAUUGUCGCGAUCCCGCUCGCCCGCCCCUCGCAAGGCUGCGGGUCCGGCGCGCGACCGGUCGUACUCCAGGUCUCGAUCACCUCUGCCUCGCAAAGCAGGCGAUCGAGGGAGGUCAUACACACAUUCGCCGUCGCCGCCACGUAACCGACGACGAGGGCGGUCCGAGUCACGAUCUGCCUCGCCGCCUCCACGCAAGAGACGCGCGGUCAGGGCGUAGAGUCUUGUCUUUAUCUCAGUGUGUAUUUUGGUUUUGAGAGGGGGGUCAGGGUUGACGCUGCAACCACUGGAAGGUAUAUUGUACGUCAGUUUAGGGUCACGGAUAC